AUGCUCAUGGCUCCUGCAUCACUUGCACCUCCCACAUUGGAGGCCGAUAGCCCGAUUCCGCCUUUUACUCCGCCGCCGGGUCUAUCCGUUAGAAGGCCAGUUGUGUUGCCAUCGUCAUGGGUGAGCUCUGCAUCCUUGUUGAAUUGUGAUACUUUGACUGCGGGGAUCGCAGCGCUCUACGGUCAGCUGGAAAUUCAUGCCGCGGUUGUUGCCAACUACCACUCGCUGGAGGAGUUAUGUCGGGACCAGAAACUGCAGAUCGACCGCCUGCAAAUGCAGUUGCAAUCGUACGUCGAGAUCGCCCCGCGCUUGGCAACCUAUGGUUAA